GCUUACAGCUAAAACCUAAAUAGUACGUGAAAGUAGCACGUUACGACAGGUUACUAUAGUAACCAUAGCGUACUGUUUUUGCUAGACUACAGUAGCUCUCUCUCUCUCUCUCUCUCUCACUCACUCACACACACCCCGCUUCACUUUGCGCAUGUACCGCUCACACUCCACAUUACAUCCACACCAAGAUGGCGUUAACGCGGCUGGCUUGUCUUCUGGCUCUCCUCACCAUUCACUGCUAUGUCAGUAUCUUGGCAGUGGUACUGAAAACUGCAAAUCCUUCACCGCAGGCCAAUGAGUUUGAAUCAAUUGAACUGUCCUGUCUGAUAGAGUCUAUCUCCACGACCAGUCCCAGGAUUGAAUGGAAGAAGAUUAAGAAUGGGAAAACAAGUUAUGUUUAUUUUGAAAACAAAAUAUCAGGUGACUUGGAGAACAGAGCAAAGAUUCGAGAGCCUGCGACUUUAGUCAUUCUUAAUGCAACAAGAUUAGACACUGCAUCGUACCGCUGUGAAGUCACAGCCCCUUCUGACAUAAAAAACUUUGACGAGAUUCUGAUCAGUCUCGCCAUCAGAGUAAAGCCAGUGACUCCUCGGUGCUCCGUGCCUACGUCUGUGCCGGUGGGGAAGUCAGCUGAGCUGACAUGUGUAGAGGAUGAGGGCUUCCCCAAGUCCCACUACCAGUGGUUCCACGACAAAGAGGAGAUCCCUGUGGAUUCCAAGAGCAGCCCUAAGUUCUUCAACUCGUCCUACAUGCUGAACAGCGAAACGGGCGUGCUGAAAUUCAGUGCCGUGAGGAAAGAGGACGGUGGGCAGUACUACUGCAGAGCCAAGAACGAGGCAGGAGUCGCCGAGUGCAGCCCGCAGAUGAUGGAAGUCUAUGACCUGAACAUAGCUGGUAUUGUUCUCGGCGUAUUGGUGGUCGUGCUGGUGCUGGUGUGCAUAAUAGUGGGCAUCUACUGUGCUUACAGGAGAGGUUUCUUUGCCAGCGAGAAGCAGACAGGAAGCAAUUACAAAGCACCAGGAAAGACUGAAGGCGUGGAUUACAUCCGAACAGAUGAUGAGGGCGAUUUCAAACACAAAUCAUCCUUUGUUAUCUAAAAUCAGGGAGAGACGACGAGACACCCUGAAACACAUUGGAGUCACUAGCGCAAUACCUUGCAGAUAAUGAGGGACACACACACACACACACACACACACACACACACACACUGAGGAAAAAGACUCUCAGCUGUGCCAGGGGAUGGUUUACGUACAGCACAUUUGCUACAAUACAAUUCAUAUUUGCCAAAGUGGACAAAAGUCCCAUUUCCACCUAGAACCAUUAAUCUCCAUCAGACCACUGAAAUUUUUCCUCUUUAAACCCACUUUUUUGACCUGUUUCUUCACUUUGCUUUCUUUUUAGUCACAGCUUCAGCGGAAUUGCAUAAACAUUUUUUGCUUUCAAUCGCUUGUCGUUUAUAUAACUUUUGUUUUGUACCAGCUAAAUGUGUCAAAAUAUUUUUUGAUAGAAUAUAUUUUAAAAUGCUUAGAGGUUUACUUUUUUUAAAAAUAUAUAUAUUUGUAAAUUACUAACAUGGAAGCCAGUAUAUUUUGUAGACCAAUUUGGUGUUUGAAAGACUUUAAUCAUUUUUACCAGUCUGUAGUUGAAAUAAAUCAUCUCUAAAUUUCUGACAUCUAUCGAUGCUCUCAUUCGAGUUUGAAAUCAGGGCCGGAUUUAGGGGGUGCUGGCUGUUUAAAAUCGAUCGUAGAAGACGCCCAUACGGACAUUUUGACUGCGCCCCCAGUCAAGACCGGCAGUUGAAAUAAUAAAGCCGGCCCUGUUUGAAAUUCAGCGUCGUAUCCAAUAAUAACAUUUUCAAAGGUCUUACCUACUUAGUUUACUGUUGCAGGCUAAAUAGUUUUAGCAUAGCAAAACCAUGCUAGUUUUUGUAGAUAGACAGGUUUUUUUUGGGGGGGGGGUUCAGCCAGCAGAAAACACUGUAAACAGCCCAAGCUGCAUAUCCUUGAGUUUAAGUGUCCUUGUUGAUCAUGUAUAUAGUGAAUAUACUGUCCAGGUAGUGUUUGGGGUUUUUUUUCUUUUCUUUAUUGGUCUUUUACUUCUUGAGAAGUAGUUUCAGUUGUUUUUUUUUGUUUGUUUUAUUUUAUUUUAAUAAAAUAGGGUUUUUGUGUUUGGCUAACAAAAAGCUGCGAUGGUUGUAUGUUGAUUCAUUUGUACCUUCCCUCUAGUGGGAAUAAAAAAUAAUUUAGUUUUAUAUCCGAGGCAAAUAUGACACUCUUUUCACAAUUUCAGGUGAACUAAUCAUGUGAGAGAGAGGAUCUGCCUUCCAGGCUGCAUUUGAUUCCUGUAUCACAAUGAUCUGCAAUUCACACAAAAUGUCAGAUACGAUUUAUGAUUUUCGAAGUACAAUCACCAUGAAUACAACCAUGUGUAGUUCAUAAAUAAUGAAAACCAUUUUAGGGUUGUUUUUGGUUUGUUUUGGUUUUCUUUCCACAUUUGAGUCGAUUACUUACUCGAAGAAACGUUAAUCAUUCCUCUUGAGUGCCUUUCAGUGUGGUCGUAUGAUAAUGUUUAUUGUGUUCUAUAUAAAUAGUGACUUGUUAUAUACUGUGACGUCUAAUUGGACACAUCACUGUUCAACCUGACUGAUAUUUUCUAAUAAAUUUGAUAACAUUUGUAUAAAUCACAGCAGGUGUUUGAGAGGAAUGAUAGGCUAUUCUGAUAUACAGCACAUAUCCAACUCUGUUUUUUGUAAAUAGAUUUCAAUUUUGUUGCGUGCUGAUUUAAGGCCUACCUUUUUUGUCAUUGAAAUAGAAAUAGAGCUUGGAUAUUGUAUUAGUGCCUAAAUAUAGAGUGCAGUGGUGUUCCAAGAAGACACUAUGAUUUCACCUAACCAUUUGAUAAUGGCAGUUAAAAAAAAGAAGAAAAAAAAACUUGUAUUACAUUAUAAAAGUGUUUAAUGGAGUGUUGCAUUAAUAACAGGAAGUGAGCGCGGUGAGAUUAUGUAUAUAUGGAGUAUAAAGCUUUACCAAAUACUGACAGAAUAAAGGAACUUUUCUCCUUUUUCUGUAAUUUCCUGCACCGAGGUCUGGACAAUGGACGUUUAAUUGUCUGUUGAAGUGAAAUUUACAUAUUGUGCCCUUUUCAAUCCUGAAACAGAAUUUUCAUCUCGCAUUGAUUUUCAGCUGGUACAAAUCCUGUGUGAAUUCUUGAACAGUAGCUUAUGUUUGUGAUUAAUAAAACUUACGUCUUUGGA